AUGAACAAGACUAAACCAACUCAAUCAAACCUGAGAAUAAUAAUAAAGGGCAAGAUAAACAGGGAGCUAACCAUGUCACCAUUACUGAAGGAAUAUUUGAAUAAGAAAGUCGUGAUAAUAACUGUGGAAGGUCAAUGUUUUACGGCGAAUUUGGAAGGGUUUGAUAAGAAUACAAAUUUAAUGCUAUCUAACGUUCGUGAUCGAUUUAAUCACGAAUUGAUCACGUCGGUACAAUUACUUCGAGGAAGUGAAGUAGUGGUGUGUGGCCUACUGGAGGAAAUUGAAGAGGGUAAGAAAGAUGUUGAGGAUUCUGGCGUAAUAAUACCGAUGGUGAAAUUGAAAGAUACAAAAAAUAGGAUACUAAAUGAACAUCUUAUUUGGGAGCAAGUAUGGAAGCAAAAAAGGAAAUGA